CCCAUACUCAAAUUGUAUCACAUGAUCCUACAAGGUAGCAACGGACCUGAAGCAGAACAGGAAAUCAAUUGGAACACGCAAUGUUCAUUUGCAAAGCUUGAUACUUGAUUCAUCAGCUGUGACUUCAAAAAAUUUCAAAAAGGCUUCCUAAUUAUGGACCCCAAUUGCAGUGCCCAGGAGGCUGUGCACUGUACUUUGUGUACAUCGUCUGUGGCUACCAUGUUCUGUGAAGUUUGUGAUAUCAAUCUGUGUAAAGAUUGUAUAGAGAUACAUGUAUCUGACUCUUCCAAAGCCCACAAAGUUAUUUCACUUAAACAAUGCUUGGCCACUUUGAAUUAUCCUAAGUGUGUAAAACACGAAGCCAUGCGAUGUGAACUUUAUUGUGAACAAUGUAACACUUCAAUCUGUGCGCAAUGUAUUUCUUCAAAAGAACAUAAAAAUCAUGACAUUGUGGACAUUCUGAAGUAUUUUGAAAGUAAGAAAGAAGUUCUACAUAAUGAUUUACAAGAAUUAGAGGAGUCUAUUUUUCCCAAAUAUCAGGAGAUUGCAUCCAAAAUUCCAGUUCACAGAGCUGAUCUGAGUAAAAACUCCCAGACGUUGACAACGGAUUUUGAUAAGCAGGGAGAAGAGUGGCACAAAGAAAUAGAAAACGCAAUCAUGAAACUGAAGUCUGAUAUUGAAGAAAUGGUAAACCGACACCAGACUGUCUUAAACAAACAUGAAGACGAAAUCGCAGUCACCAUAACUGAAAUCAGACAGUCCAUUGCUGAUCUAAAGAAGUUACAAGCAUCUAAAGAUAUAUGUCAUGUCACUGAGUAUGAAUCCAGGAAUGCUGAAUUUCGAAGAUUGCUUCCUAAUAUCAAUAUUUCCUUACCAAACUUCACACCCCUGAAAAUAGACAGAGAUCAAUUUUUAAAACAGUUUGGUUCUCUGUCAGCAGUAUCCUUUGCUACUAAAGAAUGUAGCUACAACGUGCAGAUCCCGGGAGCCGAGUCUUCUACCCUCACCGACAAACCAAUGCUGGAUAUACCCAAGGUCGUCACAGCUUUUGUCACAGAGUAUGAAGAAUUAAGAAGUGUGGCCUAUCUAAAUGAUAACGAAGUUUGGACGUGUGGUGAUGAUGACAACAUCAUAACACUCUAUAACAUUCAAGGAGAACUAUUAAAUUCAAUCACAACUCAAUCGAAGAAGAAGCCAUUUGACAUAGCAGUGAAAAAGAAUGGAAUUCUAGUUUAUACCGUUGACGAAAACAAAACUGUGAACGUUGCAGAGGAUAACUAUACACAUAGAGCAAUUAGAUUACGCAGAUGGGAACCAAGUGGCGUAUGUGUUACCACCUCCGGGGAUCUCCUGGUCGUCAUGUAUAGUGGUAAUACAUGUAGUAUGCUUAGUCAAGGUGGAUUAAGAGUUGUGCGUUAUUCUGGCUUUGCAGCAAAGCAAAGUUAUUAUUUUGGUGAAAGGGGUGAAACGGGUUACGUCUGUGAAAACAGGAAUUUAGAUAUCUGCGUGAGUUUCAGAAGCGAAAUAGUGGGGUCAAUCAGGCUGGUAAACAUCGAUUUACUUAUUCUGGUCCUGAAUCUGCUACCAAAAAAUCGUUUUCUUUUGCUGGAAUCGCUACAGACAGCCAAUGUAAAAUCCUAACGAUAGACGACAACAACAGCUGUAUCCACAUCCUUGAUCAGAACGGAACGUUCCUCCGCUUCGUUAGCAAUCGCGGUUUACGCAGUCUAUCGAAUUUAUGUGUGGACAACAACGACAAUAUUUUGGUAACAGAGUUAUACACAGGAAAAGUGAAGAAAGUUCAAUACUACGCGUAAACAGACUGACUAAUUUAUUUAUCAUCUAUAUGGCAGUUUUAAAUAAAUUGUUUUAGAAGCAUGCAUCCAAUUUUGUGAAUAAUCAUCAAUCUAAUUAGAUUAUCAAAUCUGCUCAUUUGCAUGUUAACAUUGUAAAUACAUGUAAAUUAGGCUGCCUCCAUACUUGUUGCCCAAAUUGGAGAGAUUGUGGAAAAAAGAUGUUUCCUAUGUACCAUUGAUCAUGUCUUUAACGAAUUUUUUUUUUUACAUUUUCAUAUUUAGAUUUUGCAUCUCAUGCAUCGAAGACAAUAUUUAACUCGGAGAUAUUAGUCGACUAGGGGCUUAAGAAUACCCGUCAAUUUAUUUAUAACUGUGCGUCCUUUUCAAAUAAAAUAAUACUAAUUUAUGUCACAUACACCGUACCUUAAUUCAAAACUAUUUGAACACUUAUAAUUAUAUUUACUUAAUAUAUUAAAUUUCAAACGUAUUGAAAAGUACAUUUUAUCAAAAUAUCCGUUAACAAACGUUCUAGAUUUUCCUUUUCGCCUACACGUAAUUAAGUUACCUAUCAUCCAAGGCAAAUCAAACGUGACUUGUUCCAUGUUAAGUUAUUGUCCUGUGUCUAAUUAACAAUUAAAGUGUAAAGUUUAUAUUUAAAACAAACGCCUUGAGAU